CGCGUCCACACGAGGGGAGCUCGCGUGCUGCUCCUCUGCGCUCACGCGGACGGAGCGCGGCUGCGCGGGUUUUCUGCAGUGGCGCGGGGUUGUGGGCGCGCGCGCGCGCGCUGCUGGAGUUCCACGUCACAUCAGGUCGAUCAGCGCUGAGGGCGCGCGCCGCUCUGUCCGGCUCUCGCGCUCGUUGCCUGUGUGUGUGUGUGAGAGUGAGUGAGUGAGCGUGUGAGUGUCUGCUGCCUCGCGCUCCCGUCCCCCCGGUGCGGCGCGGCUGAGGCGCGCGCUCCCCGCUCUCUCUGCAUGCGGCGCACGAGGCGAACAACCGGAGAUCAUUAAAACCGCCAUCAAAACACCCGCCAUGGGGUCCCGCGCGCUCGCGCCGCUGCUGCUCCUGCCGUGGCUCGCGAGCCAAUCGCGAGGCGGGUUCCCGAACCAGAUCAAUAUAGGUGGGCUGUUUAUGCGCUCUGCAGUGCAGGAGCACAGUGCGUUCCGCUUUGCGGUUCAGCUCUACAACACCAAUCAGAACGUAACAGAGAAACCGUUCCACCUCAACUACAACGUAGACAACCUGGAGUCCUCAAACAGCUUCUCCGUAACACACGCUUUUUGUUCCCAGUUCUCUCGGGGUGUGUAUGCGAUCUUUGGGUUCUAUGACCAGCGCUCGAUGAACACGCUCUCGUCGUUCUGUGGUGCGCUCCACACCUCGUUUAUCACUCCGUCAUUUCCCCUCGACGCUGACGUCCAGUUUGUCCUGCAGAUGAGACCCAGCCUGAAGGGCGCGCUGCUCAGCCUGCUGGGACAUUACAGAUGGGACAGAUUCGUCUACCUGUAUGAUACGGAAAGAGGUUUCUCUAUGCUGCAGGCUAUAAUGGAGUCAGCAGUGGCGAACAACUGGCAGGUAACGGCCCGCUCUGUGGGAAACAUUGUGGAUCCUCUGGAGUUCCGCAGGAUCAUAGAGGAGAUGGACCGUCGGCAGGAGAAGCGAUUUCUGAUCGACUGUGAGGUGGAGCGCAUCAACGCUAUUAUGGAACAGGUUGUGACCUCAGGGAAGAACAGUCGUGGAUAUCACUACAUCCUGGCAAAUCUGGGUUUCUCCAACAUGAGUGUGGAUAAGGUGUUCUCUGGAGGUGCUAACAUAACAGGGUUCCAGAUAAUAAACCCGGAGAACCCGAUAGUGCAGCAGUUCCUGCAGCGCUGGGACCGGCUGGAUGAGCGAGAGUUUCCUGAUGCAAAAAACACACCACUAAAGUACACCUCAGCCUUGACUCAUGAUGCGAUCCUGGUGAUAGCGGAGGCGUUCCGGUACCUGCGGCGCCAGCGAGUGGACAUCUCCCGGCGGGGAAGUGCGGGAGACUGUCUGGCCAAUCCGGCUGUGCCCUGGAGCCAGGGCAUCGACAUCGAGAGGGCGCUCAAAAUGGUUCAGGUUCAGGGGAUGACGGGGAAUAUUCAGUUUGACUCGUUUGGCCGACGUUCAAACUACACCAUUGAUGUUUAUGAAAUGAAGCCUGGAGGAGCCAGAAAGAUUGGGUACUGGAACGAAUAUGAGAAAUUUGUUUAUAUAGUGGAGCUGCAGGUUACCAACGAGUCCUCUUCUGUGGAAAACCGAACAAUUGUGGUCACUACUAUUAUGGAGGCUCCGUAUGUGAUGUAUAAGAGGAAUUAUAUGCAGUUGGAGGGUAAUGAACGCUAUGAGGGCUACUGCGUGGACUUGGCCUCAGAGAUCGCCAAGCACGUAGGAAUCAAAUACAAACUGUCCAUCGUGGCUGACGGCAAAUAUGGGGCCCGUGACCCCGAGACCAGGACCUGGAACGGCAUGGUGGGAGAACUGGUGUAUGGGAGAGCGGACAUAGCGGUCGCACCGCUGACCAUUACUCUGGUACGAGAGGAAGUGAUAGACUUCUCGAAGCCCUUCAUGAGCCUGGGUAUCUCCAUCAUGAUCAAGAAGCCGCAGAAGUCAAAGCCCGGCGUGUUCUCGUUCCUGGACCCGCUGGCCUACGAGAUCUGGAUGUGCAUCGUGUUCGCCUACAUCGGCGUGAGUGUCGUUCUUUUCCUGGUCAGCCGCUUCAGCCCGUAUGAGUGGCACCUGGACGACAGUGACGAGGCAAAGGACCCACAGAGCCCUCCAGACCCUCCCAAUGACUUUGGCAUCUUCAACAGCUUGUGGUUCUCUCUGGGAGCCUUCAUGCAGCAAGGAUGCGAUAUCUCGCCAAGGUCUCUGUCAGGUCGUAUUGUAGGUGGUGUUUGGUGGUUCUUCACUCUCAUCAUCAUCUCAUCCUACACGGCUAACCUGGCUGCGUUCCUCACUGUGGAGAGGAUGGUCUCUCCUAUAGAGAGUGCUGAAGAUCUGGCCAAACAGACGGAGAUAGCGUACGGCACGCUGGACUCCGGAUCCACUAAAGAGUUUUUUAGGCGCUCUAAGAUUGCGGUUUAUGAGAAGAUGUGGUCGUAUAUGAAGUCGGCUGAGCCCUCGGUGUUUGCCAAGACCACGCCGGAUGGAGUGGCGCGUGUGCGGAAGUCGAAGGGGAAGUUUGCGUUUCUUCUCGAGUCCACCAUGAACGAGUACAUCGAGCAGAGAAAGCCAUGCGAUACCAUGAAGGUGGGAGGGAACCUGGACUCCAAAGGAUACGGAGUGGCCACGCCCAAGGGGUCGGCAUUAAGAAGUGCUGUGAACCUGGCUGUGCUAAAGCUGAAUGAACAGGGCCUUUUGGACAAGCUGAAAAACAAAUGGUGGUACGACAAAGGGGAGUGUGGCAGCGGGGGAGGCGACUCCAAGGAUAAGACGAGUGCAUUGAGCCUCAGUAAUGUGGCGGGUGUGUUCUACAUCCUGGUGGGCGGUCUGGGGCUGGCCAUGACUGUGGCGCUGGUGGAGUUCUGCUAUAAAUCCCGGCAGGAGACCAAACGGCUCAAACUGGCCAAAAACGCUCAGAACUUCAAAGCUGCUCCUCCAGCAAACACACAGAGCUUCGCCACCUACAGAGAGGGCUACAAUGUCUACGGCACUGAGAGCGUCAAGAUAUAGCAAAUGAAAUGGAUGCUCGUCCCCACCUGAAGAUGUCACAGAUGCACGGGGGGGGGACCAGAUUCUCAGAGACUUUGAAUUUGGACAGGAUAUAGAGUGGCCCCUCCCACCACUCUCCUCAACAGACACCCCAGCUCUAUCUCCCUUCCUUCUGGUUUUGCUGUAACCAUAGCGACUGCACUCUCGGAUUCCACGACCUGUCGUCUCGCAGUGCCUUACAGAACAUCCCUCCAGCUCGCCUGGACAUGCAAGCCAACAAACAAAUAACAACCUGCAAACAAAUGAUGCAACUGCUGUGAGAGUCCAGCUGAACUGGGAGCCAUUUCAGUGUCACAGUGCUUAAGCUCCACUGCUUCUGUAAGAAAUCGACCCAGAGCAUGCUCACAUCACAAUGCUUCCCUCUGAGUGCUCUCAGUACUUUAGAACCAUCAGGCAGACAUUGGUCUCAAUAGCAAGCCACACCACAAGUGAUGAUAUGGUGCUCCCCUGGCUGCUCGCUGUAUGUUCACAGCAGAAGUGACGCCACACCCAUCAAGGUUACAACUUCUGCAGCUGAAAGAUGUCCAAAAACUUUGACUUGAUUCUAGUCUCCACCAAUCAACUCUAGAGCAGUUCAACUCCAUGACAAAGCAGAAUAGUCCCUUUUAUUAGCAACCCAUCUCUGAUCUGUAGCAGUUCAAGCUUAUUCUGGUGUAUAGAGGACCUUAAUUCAGGACUGUUCCAGAAGUGUUAAGUAGCAUUAGAGAGGAAUUCAGAGGAUCUACUCUGAAGCAAUUUAUUUUUGACUUUAUUGCAGUUCAUCUCUGUUGAUUUGUAAUGGUUUAGCUUUAAAGUCAAAUACAGAGUAGCUCAGUUCCAUUCUGUGACAGUUUAGUCCCCUUUCAGUAUGAUUCAGCCUAAGUUUAGAGUGGUUCACACCUAAAGUGGUUCUAUUACAGUUUACUUCUUUUAAUUUAGUGGUCUAGCUGUAGAGCAUAACUGUUGUGUGAUUCAGCUCAAUCCAGAGUAAUUCAGCUCGGUUGUUCAUGCCCAGUUCAUGCCUAUUUAUAAGUCCCUCUCUGGAGCUACACUACACACUGUAGAGUGUUUUAGUUCCAUUCAAGAGCAGUUUAGUCCCAUUCCAGAGUUAUUCAGUUCUAUUCUUGAUAGGUUCUUACGUAUUCUGAUGCAGUUCAUAUCUACUGGUUUAGUGGUUUAGAUGCAAUGCAUCAUUGUAUAGUAUUUCAGUUUUAUUCCAGACCAAUACAGCUCCAGUCAAGAACAGUUUAAAAGCAUUCCAGAGUAGUUUGAAUCAGUUCCAGAGCAUUCUAAUUUUAACGUCUAUUCUGAUUCUUUUUUUUCUGUUCAGCCUUAUUCUAAGGCAGUUAAUUACUAAUACAAGACAGUUUGGCUUCACUAUAUUAAUGCACUAUAGAACAGUCUAUGCAGAGCAGUUGAGCUCCACAUUAGAGUGGCUCAGCUGUAGUCAAGUGGUCCACCUGACAGUUCUGCUCCAUUUCAGAACUGGUCAUUACUAUUCCAGAGCAGUUCGGCCCAAAUCCAAAGCACCUCAGUCUCAUUUCAAAUUAGCUCCAUUUCAGAGUGGUGCAGAUGUAGUCCAGAAGUCGGUUCCAACACUCAUUUUAGCAGUCUGUCCACCAUUAAACUGACAGAAAUGUCUACCCUACCUUUAUUCCAUGGGUUCUGGUCCUAGACAUCUAAAUGUUUAUUGAAGCUUCAUAUAAAAACAGAACAGGCACUAAAAGAGUGCGGUCGCUAAAAGAGUUCGGUCAUGAACUAAAUGCUUCUUAUAGGAAGACUUUCUGCUUCUUUUUCUCUCUCUGUGCUUUUGCCCUUUAGAUCACAAUGACGUGGUGAAAAAAGAUAAGUUAAAAUCACAGGUUUUAUAGUUUAUUAUUUUAGUUGAAUGACUCAAAAAAAACUGUGAUUGUGGUCUUUAAAAUAAAGUUAAAUACUGUAUAAAUGUUAAAGAAAAGAGAAAGUGAAUCUCUAGUUUUAUAAAUCACCAGGAGAUGAAUCUGUUAAAAUAUAUUUGUUUAGGUCAUUUUAUAAACACUGCUAUUUAUGAUUAAUUCUGAUUAAGAUUGCAUGUAAGGUUAGCAGUAGGUUCUCAUUCCCUUUUCUUGUCUUUCUUCUCUUUAUCCUCAAGUUUUCUUCUUAUCUUAAAUCCCACCUGUGUCAGAAAAGAAAUGCAUGAAUGCCUGUAGUAACUUUAGUUUUAUUACAUUUUGUUAAUAAAGAUUAGACUGAAAAUGA